GCCAACACACCCUUCUCUUAAAACCCUAAUAAAACGCAUUUCUCAUUUUCCACAAAACCCUAAUCGCAGCCCACACUCUCUCCCACCGGCAAACUCCAAAACCACCGCCAUCAAAAACCCGCCGCCAUGUCUGACGUCGACCUCCAUCACUCCGAAAAGAAGAAAAAGAAGUCCAAGUCAAAACCCACCACCGACGAAAACCCUUCCGCCGCCGAUGCCAACCCAUCCGACUUCAUGAUCAAACCCCAAUCUUUCACACCGUCAAUAAACACUUCCGAUUGGCCCAUCCUUCUCAAAAACUACGACCGCCUUAACGUCCGUACCGGCCACUAUACCCCACUUCCGUCCGGCUAUUCACCACUGAAACGGCCACUUGCUGAAUACAUAAGGUAUGGUGUUAUUAACUUAGAUAAGCCUGCAAACCCUAGUUCUCAUGAAGUUGUUGCUUGGAUUAAGCGCAUUUUACGUGUCGAAAAAACCGGACAUAGCGGUACUCUUGACCCGAAAGUUACGGGCAAUUUAAUUGUUUGUAUUGAUAGAGCAACUAGGUUAGUUAAGUCACAACAAGGUGCAGGAAAAGAAUAUGUUUGUGUUGCUAGGUUACAUUCUGCUGUCCCUGAUGUUGCUAAAGUAGCUAGAGCCUUAGAGACGUUAACCGGGGCCGUUUUUCAACGUCCCCCGUUGAUUUCUGCUGUUAAGAGGCAGUUAAGAAUUAGGACUAUUUAUGAAAGUAAGUUGUUGGAGUAUGAUGCUGAUAAACAUUUGGUUGUGUUUUGGAUAUCGUGUGAGGCGGGGACGUAUGUUAGGACUUUGUGUGUUCAUUUGGGUUUGAUUUUGGGUGUCGGUGGGCAUAUGCAGGAGUUGAGGAGGGUGAGGUCUGGGAUUAUGGGUGAGAAGGAUAAUAUGGUGACGAUGCAUGAUGUUAUGGAUGGGCAAUGGAUGUAUGAUAAUUAUAGAGAUGAGACGUAUUUGAGGAGAUUGAUUAUGCCGUUGGAGGUUUUGUUGACUAGUUAUAAGAGGUUGGUUGUGAAAGAUAGUGCGGUCAAUGCUAUUUGUUAUGGUGCUAAGUUGAUGAUUCCGGGGUUGUUGAGGUUUGAGAAUGAUAUUGAGAAUGGGGAGGAAGUUGUGUUGAUGACGACGAAAGGAGAGGCAAUUGCGUUAGGGAUAGCGGAGAUGACUACUGCUGUGAUGGCGACUUGUGAUCAUGGGGUUGUGGCCAAGAUUAAGAGGGUGGUGAUGGAUAGAGAUACUUAUCCGAGGAAAUGGGGGUUGGGUCCUACCGCUUCGAUGAAGAAGAAGUUGAUUUCUGAAGGGAAGUUGAGUAAGCAUGGAAAGCCUAAUGAGAAAACCCCGGCUGAGUGGGUGAGGAAUGUUGUUCUUCCUACUGGUGGUGAUGCCGCUGUUGCUAGUCUUGCUGCUGCUCCUGCUUCCGAGACAACUGUUGAAGCUGCAGAGACACCUGUCAAAGUUGAUGGUGAGAAGAAAAAGAAGAAGAAACACAAGGAGGGUGAAGAUGGCGAUGAAGGGCGUAAAAGGAAGUUAGAAGAUGCAGAUGUUACAGAGACACCCGUAGCUUCCAAGAAAAAGAAGGUUGAUGCCGAAGAAGAGGUGGAAGGCGAAACUACUGAGAAGAAAAAGAAAAAGAAGAAGAAAGAGGAAGAAGUAGCAGCUGUUGCAGCAGAGAAUGGAGAUGGAGAUAAAUCUGAGAAGAAGAAGAAGAAGAAGGACAAGGAGGCUGAAAAUGAUGGUGCCCCUGAAGAAGCAAGCAAAAGUGAGAAGAAAAAGAAGGAUAAGGAAGCUGAAAAUGAUGGUAUCCCUGAAGAAACAAGCAAAAGUGAGAAGAAAAAGGAGAAGAAAAAGAAGAAGAAAGAUGCAGAUGAAGAGUAGAUAUAAAAGAUGGUUGCGUUAUUCCGCAGUGUAACUUUUGAAGUUUUUGACUUCACGGCUGCGAUGGUACGCAACCUGCACAUUUCUGGAGACAACCAGUUUCUAGUAGCAAGUUUAUUAGAGUUAAGUCUAGGUGUUUAUUUGUUGUCUUGCUUAAAUGCUGUGUAUUUUGAGUUGUUUUAAGGAUUUUGGUGCAUUGUUGAACUUGAGCUUGUCUUAUAAUCUAUCCGCAUCCCUACAGUUUUGUUAUUUA